UUGAAGUUCCAGUCACAAUCAACAUUCUAUCGAAUUCAAAGACUCUACAUUUGUCCCUCAGUUUUGAACUUUGGUCGGAGACCAGGGAGACAAAUCUUGCUGACAUUGCAAACUGCCCUGUUGUCCUAGCUGGUGAUGGGAGGAACGACUCACCAGGUUUCUCAGCAAAGUACUGUGUCUACUCGUUAAUGGAUUGUGAGAGCCACAAAGUUAUUGAUGUACAAAUUGUUGACAAACGAGAUGUAGACUUAAAGAGCAUGAGGAUGGAAAAACUUGGUCUUCAGCGAGGAAUGACAUCUGUCCGACUCAGGAUCAACGUAGUAGAACUUGUCACAGAUGCAUCCACAAGUGUAAAAGCAAUGAUGGCACGAGAUGCUGAAUAUAAAGAGAUCUUUCAUUCCCUAGAUGUCUGGCAUAAAGCCAAGAAGCUAGCAAAAGCGUUGUCUGAGGCAUCAAAGAAAAAGGAGCUUGCAGAAUUAAGACCAUGGAAAAGGUCCAUAGUCAACCAUUUCUGGUGGUCGUGUGAACAGGCACAGGGAGACGUCCAGAAAUUGAAGGCCAUCUGGAUAGGAGUGCUGUAUCACGUCUCUGGUGAGCAUACCUGGGCCACUAGUAGAUGCCACCACAGUGAUUUGACAGAAGCUGAUAUCAAUGACACUGCAAAGACACCUCUCGGAGUAGAUUCUCAAGCAAUGAAAUUUCUCAGGAAGAUUGUUCUUGAUGCAAAGUGGAUGAGAUCAAUGGCAUAUUAUGCACGAUCUAGGCAUACAGGUGCAUUAGAGAACUACCACAGUGUAAUCUUGAAGUAUGCCCCUAAACGAACAGCAUUUGGGUUUGAUGCAUUCAAAGCUCGCUGUUUACUUUUUGCUGCACUGGAUCACUAUGUUCAUGUGGACAGACAACAUGCACAACCAAAAACGUCUAGUGAGAGAAGAUUUCACAGAAAAUACAAUAAAAACUCACAACAGUGGACCGUUACAAAGGUCAAGCAGCACAAGACUUACCCACACAUUUCACAGCUUAUGCACAGAGUAUUACUGCGAAAAGUCAAAGAUACUGGAUCAGUACUACAGAAGCCAUUGAAAUCUUCUUUUGCGCAGUCAACUAUUGCUCCUGUUGCUCCUGUUGCUCCUCCUGGUACCAGUUCUCUUGUAGAACAGCAGCGCAGCAGAACAGGUAACAGCAACUCAACAGUCAAUGCUCACACAACCAGAGAAAUCGAUGAAAUCGAUGACGUGGAUGCGAGAUAAAAGGAACAGUCAAUGUAUACCAAGAACCUACUUAGCUAAAGUUAGGGUACCU